AUGUCAGCGCUGGAGAGCGGAUUCGUUAAAGCGGCUUCUGAUAAUCUACCAAACGUGGACAUUGAAAUGCUAAAAAGAGCAGAUAACAUAUGUACAGUGAAGGCCAAAAUUACUCCAGAACAUAAGGUUAGGAAUGUAGCCUACAGACUGCAAGCAGUGAACAAUGAGGAAGACGAAGAAGUGCUAAGUUGUGAGUGCUUGGAUUGCCCAGCCUCCGCAGGAGGUUGCAAACAUGGAGUGGCCUUUUUGUUGUGGCUUCACAGAAGGAGCGAAGAACCUUCAGUUACUUCAGUUGAAUGCUACUGGAAAAAGUCCAAGUUGGCCAAGGGUGUCGAAGUAAACCAGAGCAUUGCUAACUUAACAAAAAAAAAACCUCCUAUCUUACUGAAUACUAUCGACUCUGAUUUCCUUAAGCAAGUUGUCCAAGGUUGUUCCCAAUCAGAGGGUACAUUGUUUAAUUUUUUUAAAAAAGUCAAACUAGAAUUUAGUUCAUUGUAUCAAAUUAUGCAGAGUUUUGAAGAAAGUAGCUUUGAAAAAAAUGCAGAUUCUUUUAUUGCUUAUGCAAAAACUGUCAUGACUGAAGAAGCAUGCAGGACAGCAGAAAAAAAUAGCCGUGAGCAGGUAGACUCUACAGAGUGGUUUGAACUACGAUAUGGGAAAAUUACAGCUUCCGUGUUGUAUGAGGCAUCACGAUGUAGUACAUUAUCUGGGGCACUACAUGGGAAAAUAUUAGGAGGUACCCCUGCUCUGAACACUUUUGCAGUUACCAGAGGCAAGAAUCUUGAGUCCCAAGUAAUUGAGGUAUACCUUAUUGACGAUAAGACUUAUACCUAUCUUUAG